AUGGACCGCCGCAGCUCCCACCACUCUGCGCAUGCUCCCAAGCAGCAUCAGGACCUGGAAUUAGCGAAGACGAAAUCCAUUGCAGAGACCAUGUCUCCAGUUCGCGAGAUCCUCUUUGUUGGUUUGCUUUGCUCCGCCCAGUUCGUAACUCAGGCAGGUCUCCUCGGCACCUUGAAUAUCCUGCACAUUAUCGGACCCGAUCUUGGCAUCACCGACCCUGGCGUUCUAUCAUGGCUGAUAGCAGGCUAUUCAUUGACAGUUGGCACUUUCAUCCUGUUAUCCGGUCGAUGUGGAGAUCUAUUCGGGUACAAGAACAUGUUGAUUGUGGGUUACGUUUGGUUCGCUAUCUGGAACCUAGUGGCCGGUUGCAGUAUAUACGUUGAAGGGAACGGUGGCCAAGUGCUGUUCAUCUUCUCGCGUGUUUUGGGUGGCAUUGGACCAGCAAUAUUACUACCCAAUGCACUUGGCCUUCUAGGCGCGACCUACAAUGAGGGACAGAGGAAGGACAUGGUAUUUUCACUAUUUGGAGCAUGUGCGCCCGGUGGUGCUGUAGUUGGCGGAACAUUCGCUGGCCUCUGGUCGCUCUUGUGGUGGCCAUGGACCUUCUGGACAUUUGGCAUUGCGCUCUUCUGCCUUGCCAUCCUCUCGAUCUUCAUACUUCCCUCUGUACCUCUAGAUGAAGACGUUCGCAGCCUCUCGCAUAGAGAGCGAAUCCGAGAGCUUGACCUGCUCGGCGCAACUGUGGGUAUCACCGCCAUGAUAUUGUUCAACUUCGCCUGGAACCAAGCACCAGGAUUCGGAUGGGAACACGCGUACAUCUACGUUCUGUUGAUAAUAGGAAUUCUCCUAUUCCCCGUGUUCUUUUGGAUAGAGAUCAAGGUUGCCAAAAAGCCACUCAUUCCGUUUAAUGUUCUUAGCACGGAUGUCUCGUUCGUAUUGACCUGCAUAGCAUGCGGCUGGGCUGCGUUCGGUAUCUGGAUCUAUUACUUUGUUCAAUUCCUCCAGCAGCUGCGCGGCGACUCUCCGCUCCUUACAAUGGCUCACCUUUGUCCUGUCGCAAUCUCGGGCUUCAUCGCCGCGGUCACCACGGGCCAUGUCAUCUCACGUAUCGGUCCAGGAUGGGUAAUGCUCAUUAGCAUGCUUGCUUUCUUGACUGGUAGUAUUCUCGUCGCUACACUGCCGAUCGGUCAAAUCUACUGGGCGCAAACGUUCGUCACCACGCUCAUAAUCCCAUGGGGUAUGGACAUGAGCUUUCCUGCCGGCACACUGAUUAUGAGUAACGCCGUCGCUAAGAAGCAUCAAGGCAUGGCAGCAAGCUUGGUCAACACGAUCGUGAACUACAGCAUCAGUAUUGGGGUUGGCAUUGCGGGCACAGUGGAGGUGCAUGUCAACAGUGGCGGAGCAACGGUCGCGGACGAAUUGAGCGGCUAUCGUGGUGCAAUGUACGUUAGUGUCGGGCUGAGCGCCAUGGGUGUGGUGACGAGUUUGUUGUUCUUGCUCAAGAUGCGACUGAGGGAGAGGAAAGCGCAAAGGAGAGAGGUGUAA